UAUCUUCGCUCAUCCGCUAGUCUUCCACAAUACAGAGGGAGUGUUUUCUCGGAUCGCACAAGUAUGUCUCCGCGGAAAAGUUGGAUUUCGUCUCUGUUGAUGCUGCCUCCGUAAGCGGAAUGCGUUGCCAUGGCUCACCAAGUGCAAGUGCCAGAAUUUCUUCUAGGUGCUGAUUUGGCAGUGUCGCAGGAGUUUGCCAAGAUAGCGCUGGAUCGUAUUGUCAAAAGCGAGGCAGGUACACGAGGGUUUGCCAAGGCCGCGAGGGUGUUGCAGGUUACUGUAGAAGACGUGGAACAGGCUGUGGCAGCUUUGACGACGCUAUACGCCCGUGCAGUCCGACUCCAGCUCCAGCAUGCGGAGUUACUCACAAUAUUCAGUGAUGCAGGCUUCGAGGAGGCGACUGGAGCUGUGCUGGCAGACAUGUUCACCCAAAGACACCAAGAGCUUUUUGGCGUUGUUGCUUUAAAUGGCACCUCUUUUAGUCGUCUUGAUUGGCGUCUAGACAUUCAGGUUGCCAGUCGAAGUCUACGACAACAAGCCACUCCCCGCUAUUUAUUGGCAUUAAAAACAACUGAUGGUGUGAAACACAUCGAGGCUGAUUACAGCGUGCUCAAGGAUGUCUGUCUUCAAUUGGAAGCUGCUCUCGCAGAGUCACGCAGCACUCGCAGCCGACGGUUCCUGCGAGUAUUCAGAUGACAACGCUGUGCCAUACUCCAUGAAUUCAAAUAUGAAUCAGCACAUGGUUUGAGGAUGCAUCUUCCAAGGCCUUGAUCAUUCUUAAAGUGCCGCUCAGUAGCUGAUGAUGCUCCAAAGGCAAGACGCCCCAGAUCAAAACCCAACUCCAAGUUCUGAUUUUGCAAUACAUGUUGGUGCAACUUUAGGGUUAUGCUUUCUUCACAGUUUGGUAUUCUUCUGGCAUUAGUGUUUAGUCAACAAUUAGCUGGUAAUCAACUCUUGUGAUUGCUACAUAGCAUCUAAUAUUCUCCAUUGUGUGAAUGGGUAGUUGGCAGCAAUGAGGUGGAUAUCUUUUGUGUAGGAAAAAAUGAGGAUCUGUGAAAUUUGAAGAACAAAAGUCUGCUCUAAGACUUAUGUUUCUAUUUCA